AUGUCGCUCACGUUCUUCAGUCGUAGUAGAACUUUAGAACUGGAGCACAACUGGUCUCUUAAGUCCGGCACCGUCCAAAGGCGUUGCAUCAGGUCGAAUUAUUCUAGCGUUCAAGGCGCUUCCGACGAGGCGCGAACAGUUCGGGAGCGUUUCGCAAUCUGUUUACGCGCGCGCCGUGCCAAAGAGUCGGAAUUCCGACGAACAUUGCAAAACGCCAAGUCGGCGUCCACACACUUCAGCGGUCGCGUUUGGCAAUGCCGGUGGAAAUCGGAGACCUUGACCCCGCCGCCCGACCCUCGUGGCCGGGUUCCACGUCUCGCUUCCACCAAGUCGGCCGUGCUGUACAUAACGAAGUGCGAAUGGGCGGGCAAGAAAUUUAUGUGGAAACGCCAACUAGAUCAAUGGCGAAAGAGGCGGGAAGCGGCGCGGGAGGGGGGCGCGGGUGACCUUCGCGCGUUGAUGCAAUGUCGCCGUGUCAUUGACCACGCUCGCUGCGAGCAAACAGUUGCAGCUAAACCCCCCCCCCCCCCCCCCCCCCUCCCACCCACUGCCUCCCGGUUCCCCGUCGGCAGUCUAUCGCCCACCCCGCCGCCGAGCCCUGCACAAGUCGCCUUCGCAGUUCGCCUGUAUCGCUAUGGCAUAGCGGCUAUGCUG